AUGUGUUGUUAUCAAAUAUCUAAUUCCUGUAAAAUAUCUAAAUAAUUAAUUAAGGGACCAUGCAUCUAUAUUAUUUUAGCUAGCUUUUGUGGCCUCGUGGAUCAAUACCUCCUUUGUUGGUGUGCUCUAUUUAAAGUUAAAGAAUUAUUGAACCUUUUGCUAAUACUUCAAUCCUUUCUUGGUUGUUCUUAUGAUGAAGAAAACAAUAAUGGAAGAUAUGACUACGCUCAUGGCAGAUGUAUUGGCAAACUUUUUAAAUGGUUCGAAAGUGUUUGAAAUGGAGAUGGGAAUUUUUAAGGAACGUCUUGAGAAAAGCUUUACUGAAACUUUAGAGGAAGACAACAACAUCAGUUACAUAGUUGAAAUAUUACAAAGGACAACAAUGGGUGAAACCAAACCCAGAGAAUUAGUUGAUAUUUUACAUGUGAAAGGAUCAUGUCCCAUAUGUCUACAGGACUUGGAAGCUGGAAAGAAAGUGAGAUGCAUGAUGCAAUGUCAUCACCAGUUUCAUAAACAUUGCAUAGACAAAUGGCUAGUCUUGAACAAAUCUUGCCCCAUCUGCAGAAGGAGUAUCAAUAUGUACACCCUCUUCAUUUGACAACGAAGAAAUCGAAGCAAA